GAGUCACGACGAGUCAAUGCAGCUGCCGAAUCUUGAACACCCAUAAACGGUGGAUGGAUGUAACCUUAAACAAAGUAUAUCUAUCUACAUGCAGUUUACGUGGCAGCUCGAAGACGCUUUCAUUGCCACCUAUGCAUCAUGCAAUCCCUUCAAACUCACACAAGAACUAGUUCCUUUACCUUUUUUCAGGAGGCUGUGAUGAACUGUAUCAGUGCAACAUUAUGGAUCUCUUAAAUAUCUAAUGAUUAAGGAGAAAGAACACUCAUAUUAGGGACUAAUGGCAUUGAUUUCUGAGCUAUUGACUAACGUAAUACUCCUGGUGACUAGGGCUUUCUCUCUACUUAAACUGGUAUGCUUGUUUGGUAUCAGAACUACAUUAAUUCUCUUUUCUACUUGGACGGAGUUGAUUAGGACUACAAUUAGCUUCAAUGUAAACAUAAUAUUGAGAAUUAUCACAUGGACAUUCGGGCUUAUCUCCCUACCCGCAAGACUUGUGAAUAGCUUUCAAAGGGAGAGGCAGCUGGAAGGAAAACUAUGCCAAAUGCAGAUUGAGCUGGAGAAUCUACAGUGGGAUCGGAAGAAGCUUCAAGAACAUUUCCAAAUGGUUGUCAAAGAAUGCAAAAUGAUGGAGCUGCUACUGACAGAACUUGAAGAGGAGCAUGAUAUGGCCAUUGCCAAAAUUGAAAAGUUAGAGGGAAAGUUGCGGGAUCAAAUAAACGAAAACCUUCGGCUCAAAGAAAUUCAGGGAAAGGGAUACUGGAGCUCCAAAGAUCAAAGUAAAACAGACAUUAGCCAAGACAUUGAUCAACCUAUCUUGUCAUGGAAAUCCAGUUAUAGUGGUGCCCUUCAGGAUCUGCUGAUGCAUAAAGAUAGUUGGGAAGAUGAUAGCAAAACUAAAUCUGAAUUGCUUAAACUAUUGAAAACUGGACCAAAAUCUGGUUCUGUUCCCCAAGUUAAACCUGAAAUGAUCUCCAAAAAUGUAGAAUUAGCACUUGAUCACAGUCGCGACGUUGCGCUUUCACAAUCACUUUUCAGUGCCAUUUUAUCACUUGUAGUUGGAAUCACUGUGUGGGAAGCAGAGGACCCUUGCAUGCCUCUUGUUGUAGCUCUCUUCACUGUAGUAGGCAUGUCCUUGAAGAGCGUGGUUCAGUUUUUCUUCACCAUUAGAAAUAAACCUGCAUCUGAUGCUGUUGCUCUUCUGAGCUUGAAUUGGUUUAUUCUUGGCACUCUAAGCUAUCCUACACUACCAAGGGUAGCCACUAUGCUAUCUCCACUAGUGUUACGCUUUGUAGACCAAACCAUGAACCGCUUUGGUCUUCUUGCCUUGUCUUGACCUUGCUUAUUUGAAGUUGUGUGUUCUACUAUGUGCAGUAUAAUCUGAAUUACAAGCUUUUUUUUCUUCUUCUUUUGUGUGGUGUACACUUGUUAUAUACUUACAGUACAAUAUGAGGAAUGUUUGUAAUUUGGUUUUCUGUGAUGAUAUAUUUAUGUUUUGUUAAGUUUCCAGCACUCAAACAUGGAAAGGAGAUAGUAAAUCUUUUUUUUCUCUCAUUUUUCAGAGUGCAGACUGCCUUUGUUAUUUUGUAACUUUGAUCAAAGUUUCACCUCUGUUAUUAUUUUAAUUCCCAGAGUUGGGACUUAAUAUCUUGAGCUGACAUAAUUUUUUUUAUGAAAUAUAAAAUUUAUUAUAAUAAGGGGACAUCAAUAAUGGAAGGGUAGAUCAUUUGGUCACAUAAGUGCUUUUUUUUUUAAAGACACAUAAGUGCUUUAAUACCAUGUCAUAAACGACAUCUGUUUUAUACUCCGCGCGUAAAAUUGACUCAACUUUUGGGUCGAGUUGGUGGAUUGACUUCAAAUUCCUUGGAACAACGGGGUGAUAAAUCAAAUGAACUUUGAAGAUCAAGUCAAUUCGACUUCAA